CGGAGCUGCGGCAGCUGCACACACAUUCAAAGGCUCCUCUCCUCCUCCACCUCUUCCACACUGCAGCUCUCCUGGAUGGUGGAGCCAUUUGUGCUUUACAUUCUGCUGCAGUUGCUGCUAUUUUAUUUAUUUAAACACACAGGAUAACGGGACGUGAUACGGACAUUUUACGCUCCGGAUUUUACGCGUCUAUAUACGUCGAGCCGCGUCAAGAUGAUGCUGCACUGAGAAAGACGCAAAGGCUCCCCCCUGGUUUGAGCUCAUCCUGAGGCUGCAGUGCACGGAGGAGGUUAUUGCGGUAUAGCAAGGUUAAUAAUCACCGUCGAUAAAGGUCGUCUCUGCGAGCAAGGAAGCGACUCGAACAUCGCCCCUGUGCGGGGGGAUCGGCGGAGAGAUAAAGAUCCAUAAAAAAAUUAUGGCCAACCUACUGCGGAAGAUCGGUCUGAUCCGUCUGCACGACCGAGAUACAGAGGACCCAAAGCACCACCAGGGCUCGUUAAAGGGGACCAAGGGGAACCAGAAGAACAACGCCAACAAGCACUGUCAGACCGCCAACGAAGCCAACAUCCUGAGCACGCCCGAGAUCAAGGCGAGGAAGCUGGACCAGCACGGCAAGGACAAGCCGAGCGGCAAGGAUAAGCAGGGCAAGGAUGCGAAGGAGAAGCAGCAGACGGGGGGAGGCGGCAGCAAAGCGACCAGCGCCUCCUCGAUAGCACCGCUGGCGCCUCACCGGCAACACUGCACCCAGGUCCGGACGCGGCGGCUGAUGAAGGAGCUGCAGGAGAUCCGGAGGUUAGGGGACAACUUCAUCACGGUGGAGCUGGUGGAGGACAACCUGUACGACUGGAACGUCAAACUGCACCAAGUGGACAAGGACUCGGCGCUGUGGCAGGACAUGAAGGAGACGUGCACCGAGUUCAUACUGCUCAACGUCACCUUCCCCGACAAUUUCCCCUUCUCACCGCCGUUCAUGCGGGUCCUGACGCCCCGGUUGGAGAACGGCUACGUGCUGGACGGCGGGGCCAUAUGCAUGGAGCUGUUGACCCCCCGCGGAUGGUCCAGCGCCUACACGGUGGAGGCGGUCAUGAGGCAGUUUGCGGCCAGCCUCGUAAAAGGACAGGGACGUAUAUGUAGGAAAGCAGGAAAAUCCAAGAAAGCGUUCAGCCGUAAGGAAGCCGAGGCCACCUUCAAGUCCCUGGUGAAGACCCACGAGAAAUACGGCUGGGUGUCUCCGCCUGUGUCUGACGGCUGAGUGUUCAACUGCCGACCCCUUGACCCCGCGCUAGCCGGACAAACCCAGCUAGCUCUGACACACAAAACGACACACCACGCUAACUCAACAAUCUUUCAUCUUUACCUUUUGCUGUUUUACUAAAGAGCUUUUUUUCUCAGUUUCGUGGGUCUGUGUUGCUAUUCUUUGUUGUUUUUUUGUCGUUCCAUCACCACCAAAACUCUCAGAGAGGAGACACACCAUCAUCGUCGUCUCUGCUACACCAAGAAGUGACUUUCGUUACCCUCCUUCUCGCUCAGAGAGAUUUUUUCCCCCAAUUUGGAAAGGCCUGAGAGGGAAUUGUGCGUGUGUGUGUGUGUGUGUGUGUGUGUCACUCCAUCAGACAUCAGCUGGGAGUGUGUACAUGUGCAUUGGGGUGUGCGUUACUGUUGUUGGAUUUCUUGUUCUGUUGUUUUUCAGCGCACACCCAUGCACGUGCAGUCAGACAAAUCGAACUGUGUGGACUUUUCCACCCAUGAGAAAGACUACUAAAUGAAGGAGGUUCAUCCCCCUCUCCUCUCCUCUCACCAUCCCAUCCGUUCCUUCUCUUCCCCUUUUCUUUCGACUGUGCCGUUGCUCACAGUUCAAUGCAACAUGAAGAUUGUAAUUUACAUGGAGCUGUGCUCUCUCUCUCUCUCUGUCUAUUUCUUUAGCUAGCUCAUUCGCUUUGUUUCUCUUUCUUUCUCUGCGUCUCUUGUGGCUAAAUCUAGCGCUCACUGUUGCAUAUAUGGAUAUUGAUUUCCAAUGGAGGAAAUAAAGUCACAUGUUGCUUUAUGCAGAGACUAUGUAUGAUAAAGAAAAUGACAGUCAGUCACCUCUCUCUCUCUCUCUCUCUCUCUCUCUCUCUCUCUUUCUCUCUCUCUCUCUCUCUCUUUACUCUCAUGUUAUCGAGUGUGUGUGUGUAGGACAAGAAGAAAACUGUAAUUCCCAUGAUUUAGAUACCAGAUGGUACAGUUAAAUGUCAGGCCUAAGUUUGUGUGUGUGUGUGUGUGUGUGUGUGUGUGUGUGUGUGUGUGUUUAAACUUAAAAAUAUGAUUUACUGUGAAUAACACUAAGGCCUAAAAGGAGUGCUUUUUUUUUUUUGAAUGACUUGUCGACGUCUUGUUCCACUGUUGAAGUCCGCUCCCGAAUAUUACUACUGUACACGUGUGUGUGGUUGUGAGCGAAUAUCUACGUGCACGUACCUUCAUUUUGGAUCCAUGUAAAGAACUUAAGGUCAGUAGAAAAUAGGCUUUAGCAGGGCUUCAGUUGCGCACACACAUACACACAUUUUCGCACAGGCAUGUUGCUUCCACCUGUGGCCUUAUGGCAGCGGUAACACCUAGAAAUGAAGACGGGGGGAGCUUGAGUGCUGCCAUGGAUGCAGCAGUACUUUAAUUGAGUGUACACUUCACUGCCCACCUGAUUGAUGUCUGCUGAAAAAGAGGCAAAAUUUGAGAGGAGGGAAUUGUGGGAGUUUUGAUCACUGCUUCUCGGAAAUGUCAAGCAGCUCGCAAAAUGGCCAAAGACAAUUAUUAUUAGCUCUACCUGCUGCGAUUACUUCGGGGACACACUGCUCCUGAGUUCCAACCUAUAAAAGGACUUCAUAAAUAUCUUAUAUCAAGUCUGUGGCUGCAGCGAUGUCAGUUUCAAUCAAUCGGGCGCCUUCUACUCACAGACUGUCUGUCCAUCCAGUCCAGCAGGCUCCUUGUGUGUUUGUUUUGCUGUCUGACAGUUAAAUGUCAGAGGGAAAGCUGCUAAUUGGUCUGACAUUUCAGGGGAGCGUCGUUAGAGAAGAGCAGCGAGAGCAGAAGGACGGAUGAUGUCAAACCUCCUGCUCGGCAAUGACAUUUAGUCACUUUCCGCUCCUGCCCUGUUUCUUUGGAGGAAGUAGGAGAGGGCAGAAUGUGGGUUAGGCGAGACAGGGGUAGAGUAGGAGUUCAGCUUUCCGCAGGUACAACCGUCAUGUCACCAGGAUGUUUAAACCGCUGAACUGAAGCCAAGCCUGCGCUGCCAGCACGCCAUGCUCAGAUCGGGCUACGCUGCCUCUCAAAGUCCCCCUUGUGUCACGUCUGUGAUCGAUAACAAAUGUCUGUCUGUGUGUGAGUGCAUGUGUGAGCAAAUAUGUGCAUUACGCUCCAACCACGAUGAAAAAAAGAAAAAAAACCACACACCAUCUGGUAUGUUAUCAUGUGUGAAAGCGUUAGUCCUCUUUGAAUUUGGCUAGUCAUUUCAGGGUCGAUCGUAUAGUGAUCUCUCAGCUCGUCAGCGGAGAAAACUGUAAACUGAAUUAUUAUUAAGACAAAAUAUCUCAAAAGCUCAGUGUUUGCUGGUUUCAAGAGAAUAAUUUUGUGAUAUAGUUUAGAUAGGUAGUUUGCAGACACUAACUGGGUGAACUGAUUAUGUUGUAUUAUAUCUGCAUGUGCUAUGUGAUUGGUAGCUAGCUACUGUAUAUCUUUUUUCAAGAAAAGCAAGAAGAAAUAUGGUGAAAAAACAAAUGCAAAUGCUUUUCUUUUCUUGGGCUAUUUUUUGGGGGGUUCUGUACUGUAUGUAUUUUUUUUUCUUUCUAAGCGUCCUAAAAAUGUCACAUUGUGUUAUGAAUGUUUGUGUUUUAAUUUAUUUGUGGUUUGCCAAAAUGAAGAUUUGAAGCAUGUUGCAGGUAUUGUCACAAGAAAACAAGAAGAAAAAAAAACGUACUAUGAAUGAUAGCCUUUGUAUUUUGUGUGAUGGGGGAAGGUACGUUUAUUUUGGGGGGAUUUGGGGGAGUUAAGAAGGACAAAAGGUUGCAAAGCCUCAAAAUUUUAAAAGGAGUAUUUCCUUCACUGGGACUGCAUUAAAGAGGAAUCAAGACAAUUCCUAUGCUUCCUUGAAUACUUCCCAGGCCCCUCCAUGAUGUCACUACUGUCUCAUCCCCAUUGGUCCUGCUGUAGACAGUGCUGUGUUAUGCAGUCAACACAAAGAUCUGGACUUAAAAUUCCCCUGCAGUCUCACAUCUGGGAUCAGUGUGACCUCCCUAUGCUUCAAAUCUAGUUAAGGGAAUCUGACCUUUGAUCAGUAAUUCUGGGCAACGUCGUCCCACUACUGACCCACUACUGAGUGAUUGGUCAAGACAGAGGUCUUAAAAGUUCCGAAGGUGAAAGGUCGUUGCAAGACCAAACAGGAAUGUGCAAUAAAAGUUACA